CGCGUGUGAUGGGGAAUAUAAACUCGAAAACACUUUUAAAAUCAUUUUUAUUCAUCUACACUCCGUGUUUUAUAGAUGAAAGUGCACCGUUUAACAUUCCGACGAUUUAUCUGCAGAGUUAAGUGUUUUUUGAUAAAGAGAUGAGUGAAGAAAGACACUUUUCCUUAGGCUGACGCCAUGCGCGCGCCAUGUAGCGGUUCUUUCAGCGUGCGCGCGUUAGAGCGACCUGUAAAUAUGUGCUUACCUGAUCGGAAGGGAACCUGUCACUUAGGUUUUUCAUUGAUGCAAUUUGACCAUCUCGCUAUUGUUUGUUGUUUUUUUGCUACCUGAACUUGCUGACAAAGAAGGAGUCUUUCUUUUUCUCUCUCUUUCUGAGAUACAUUGGCUCAUUUUGAAAGCAGACGGGAGGCGUUUCUCGUGCGUUGCAGCAAAUGUCAACUUGUGCAGUGAGUAACUACAGUCAUGUGCUGGAGGGCCAGUCAGACUCAGAUGAUGAAGAUAAGCUUCACAUUGUGGAGGAGGAAGGGAGUCUUCUGGACGGGGCUGACUGUGACAGCGUGGCCCCUGACGAUGACCCCAAUGGGGCCGCCGACCCGGACGGCAGAUGGGAUGAUGUGAAAGAGGAGUGUGUGUCAGACGAGGAUGAAAGGAGCAGAGAUGCUUUGGUUGAGGAGAUGCUACAGCAAGGAGACACGGCAGUCAUCUACCCAGAGGCUCCAGACGACGAACCGCGUCAGGGCACACCAGAAACCAGUGGACAUGAUGAAAAUGGCACACCAGACUCAUUUUCUCAGCUUCUCACCUGCCCGUAUUGUUCCCGUGGCUACAAGCGUUACACCUCACUGAAGGAGCACAUUAAAUACAGACACGAGAAGAGUGAGGACAACUUCAGCUGCUCUCUCUGUAGUUACACCUUUGCCUACCGAACACAGCUGGACAGACACAUGACCGCACACAAAGCUGGCAGAGAACAGCGGCAUGUUACUCAGUCAGGUGGAGGAGGGAAUCGAAAGUUUAAAUGCACUGAAUGUGGCAAAGCCUUCAAGUACAAACACCACCUGAAAGAACACCUGCGCAUCCACAGUGGAGAAAAGCCUUAUGAAUGCUCCAACUGCAAAAAGCGUUUCUCUCAUUCCGGCUCCUACAGUUCCCACAUAAGCAGUAAGAAGUGUAUCGGCCUCAUCUCAGUAAACGGGCGGCCACGACCUUCUCCCGCCACCGGGGCUGCCAAGACCCCGCAGUGCUCUUCCCCAUCCCUGCCAACCUCUUCCCCUACAGCACGUGUCCAAGUCAGAGACAAACUGGACAACAGCAAACCCCUUCAGGAGCAGCUUCCAUUGACGCAGAUCAAGUCUGAGCCGCUGGACUAUGAGUACAAGCCUGUGGUGGUGGCCCCAUCUGCUAGAGGCGUAAAUGGCAUGUUCCAAGGUGGGGCGUCAGCCCCUCUCCAGGGUGCCGUUCAGGCUGUUGUGCUCCCAACACUGGUAUCCCCAAUCAGCAUCAACCUGGGGGACUUACAGAAUGUGCUGAAGGUAGCAGUGGAUGGCAACGUCAUCAGGCAAGUGUUGGAAAGCACGCAAACUAAAGGGCAGCAAGCGGGGACAGGAAUCGUUGGUGCAGGAGGGUUGGGAAUUGCUCAAGCAUCCCAGCAAGUCAUCCAGGCCAUUAGUCUCCCCAUCUUGGAUCAGGAUGGCAAUGCUAAGAUCAUCAUCAACUACAGUCUGGACCCGUCACAGGCCCAAGCACUCCUUCAAAGUCCGAAGAAGGAACCUUUGGGGUUGAACACGGAGGUCUGCAAGGCUCAAAAGCUGCCAGAGGACCUGACUGUGAAGACAAAUAGGGACAAAACCACCAUCACUGUGGAUGAAAAGAGUAUGUUACACAAUGACACAACACUUAAGCACUGUGGUAAAGAUGGACAUAGGGUAAACGGGAAAAAUCUUGACGGGAAGAUGGACUUGGAGGAAGGACUGUGUCCUGGUCAGCCUCCUCUGAAGAACCUUCUCUCCUUGCUUAAGGCUUACUUUGCCUUAAACAAUGAGCCCACCAAGGAGGAGCUGGCAAAGAUUUCCGAGUCUGUCAGUCUUCCAGCAGAGGUGGUAAAGAAGUGGUUUGAGAAGAUGCAGCUGGGACAGAUCUCCAUAGACCCCACCUCACCCCUGGCUGAAGACGAGCAGACCACCCCUGGGGAUUUGGAUGGGACUAGAGGUGGAUCGCCCAGAACAGAGCCAGAUGAUCAAAUGAACUCAGAGGAGCAAGGGGAGAGGGAAUGCAGUAGUCCAGUAGAGGACAUAGCAGCUGGUGUGAAUGGGAUCGAGAGUGUCCCUACAUCCCCUUCACCACUAAACCUAUCGGCCGAUGGUCCUGUCCCGGCCAGGACUCUUGAAGAAGGCGAAGGACCUCUCGAUCUGUCGCUACCAAAAUCCGCUGCUACAGCUCCUGUGGCUAGCGGUCACGUUAACACUGUUUACUCGGCUCAAGAGGAGCCACUGAAUUUGACUUGCACAAAGAAGGAACUGCUCAGCAAUGCAAGCACCAAUGCUGCCAUAUUUGCCAGCCAACCAAGUGCCAAUCCCAUAAACAUUGUGACCACUCAACUGCCCACCCUAGUGGCUAUCACUGACCAGGGACAAGCACAAUGUCUACGUGCACUUGCCACCACUAAACAGACCAUCUUGAUCCCACAGCUGACAUACAGUUACACCACUACAUCCUCCAGCCCAGCAGGGGCCGACACACCACAGAAGAACGUUAUACACGUCAAUGGCAUUAAGGAGGAGAAACAGGAGAUGGGGUCAGAGGUCACCUCAACAUUGGAAGAACAGACAGACUCAGACUCAGGGCCGACGAGGAAGAAGAUGAAAAGGACAGAGAGUGGGCUGUAUGCCUGUGACCUGUGUGACAAAAUCUUCCAGAAGAGCAGCUCAUUGCUCCGCCAUAAAUACGAACACACAGGAAAGAGGCCUCAUGAAUGUGGGAUCUGCAGCAAGGCCUUCAAACACAAGCACCACCUAAUAGAGCACCUGCGCUUGCACUCCGGAGAAAAGCCGUACCAGUGUGACAAGUGCGGCAAGCGCUUCUCCCACUCCGGCUCGUACUCGCAACACAUGAACCACAGAUACUCCUACUGUAAGAAAGAGGCUCAAGGUCAAGGGCUAGGCCAAGGAGUCGAGGAAGAGGACAACCACGGCGAGGAGCAGCCUCGGACGGGAAGCGCGGCGGCCUCACCCCCUUCCCACCUGGAUUCGGACGAGCGGGGGAGUAGUACCAGAGAGGAUGAGAGUGAGGAGGAGGAUGAGAUAGGCUCUGGGAGCUUAGUGGAUGAGGAUGAGAUUCAGGUGGUCAAGAUUGGAGAAGAGGGAGACGAAGACGACCAGGGAGCAGAUGAAGACCAGGAAGGGGAGGGAGAGAGGAUGGAGGAGGCGGAACAAGAGGAAAAUGACGGACGGAUGCUGAAAGUUGUAGUGAUGCAGGAUGAAUGUGAAGAGGAAGAAAAUGGGGAAGAGGAGCGAACGGCGGAGGAAGCCAUGGACACAGGAGCCCCUGAACACAUGAAGGACACGAACCCGGCGGACAAUGAGAAAAACAGUGAAAAUGAAGCAAACACAGCCGUGAAAUGAAGAGAAGCUACAACUGUGUUUUUAAGACCCUUAUUCCUUAUGAAGUUGUUUUACAAAAUUACUAAUUUGAAGGAACAAAAAAGACGCUUUCUCUUUGCAGAUGUUUCUCUCUUCCUGAGAACUGACUGUGUCAAGACGAGAACGAGGAGAGGAAGAGAGCGUGACUGCUCUUACACUGCAUUUAAACCCACUACUGUGUAUAAACCCCCAGGUGUGCCUGAUAAAUACGAAAUAGUUACUUUUCCACAUAAAGACGAUUUUCAGUGUUUGAGUAUGGUUUGUAUAAAUGCAAAGUUUAAUGGAAAAAAAAAAAACGAACAAAAACAAAAAAGAAAAUGAUGCAUAUACGGACUGAAAGCUAUACACGUUUUGGCUAAUAAUGUUUUAUUACUAAAACGCCUUGGGUCAAUUUCUUUUAUCAGUAUUACUAAUUUUUGUCACUCUCGGUUUACCCUGAAAAGCUGUACAGUCGGGAGAGAGAGAUUUAUAUACGUUUUUAUUGCCAAUGAACAAAACUCAGUAUUUUCUUGCAUUUGAAGGAAAAAGUAUCCUGUGCACUACCAUAUUCCCAGUUUACCUAUGGAACACCUAUGUGGGCCUUGUGUUGUUUAAUGUCUACCUUCCAGUAUUAGCGCUCCAGACGUUAUUCCCUAAGCCACGCUAGUGCUCACUAGCACGUCAUUUGUCUGUCGUCUCAUUUCAAGAAGGACACUGAGCCUUAAAUGUAAAAAAAAAAGAUUGAUGUGGUUAUGGUGGGAGGGCUUUAAUGAAUUCCAAAAAAAAGCCAGGACAUCAAAGAAAAACCUUAGAAGUAGUCUUCAUCAUGUUUCAGGUGAUCGCCAUAAGUCCCUUCCCCAUAAGUUCAUCAUCCACCCUUAUGCAAAAACAUGCAUGUUGGAAGUGCCAUUGAACAGUGCUGUGCCGUCGCUGUGACGCCUCCGCUAAGCAGCACACUCACGUGGGGCUCAUGCCGUCUUCGUUUUUAGUAGCAAAAUUUUGGACCCCUGCACCUAAACCACUAGUCCUGACUAAAGGACGAGACUGCCUCUUUUUUUCUUUUUCAUUUGAACAAUCCAGUAUAAAGACUACGUUGCAUCAAGAAUUCAGGAAAGACGAUCGAUGAGCAAAAAGGAGUAAAAAAAAA